AUGUCCGCCGCAGCCGCAGUUUUUGCCCCGGGAGCGACCGCCCUCAUCACCGGCGGCGCUUCCGGCGUUGGCCUGGCCAUUGCUAAGCUGUGCCGCAGCAAGGGUAUGAAGCUGCUGCUUGUAGAUCGCAACGCCGAGGCCCUGGAGAAGGCCAAGGCUGAAGUCGGCUCAUCAUCAUCAGAUGUAGCCACUUCGGUGCUUGAUGUCAGCAAGCCCGAUGAAUGGGCUUCGCUUAGGGACCAAGCCGCAAAGACUUUUGGCUCGAUUGAGCUUCUCGUUUUGAAUGCUGGCGUUGGUGGUAGGGGGACCUGGGGAGAUGCUGACUACUUUAGAAAUAUCCUCGAGACGAACCUCUUUGGGGUGAUCCAUGGUAUCAACACUUUCCUCCCGGUAGUUCAAGAGGCUGCAAAAAGCCGGCCCACCUCCGUUGUCAUCACCGGCAGCAAGCAAGGCAUCACAAACCCCCCAGGAAAUCCUGCCUACAAUGCCUCUAAAUCUGCCGUCAAGACCCUUGCCGAGCAUCUUAGCUGGGACCUUCGAGACACCAAAACUAGUGUCCACCUUCUCGUCCCGGGUUGGACGUUCACUGGCAUGACUGGGGGAGGUCAGACCAAGGAGAAGCCGGCGGGCGCGUGGGCACCAGAACAGGUAGCCGAUUACUUAUACAAGAAGAUGGAGCAAGACAAAUUUUAUGUCAUCUGCCCCGACAACGAGACCGCCGAGGAGACGGACAAGAAGAGGAUGCUGUGGAGCGUGGGAGACAUCAUCAAAGAACGGCCGCCGCUUACGCGCUGGCGACCAGAGUGGAAGGAGGAAGCAACAGAGACCAUUGCGAAGACGCAGAUAUGA